UUAAAAAUUAUAGUAUAAGAAAACCACAAUAAAUACGUACAAUUUUAGUGUUCCUACUAAUAUACAUUUUGUAGUUAUGCACGUUCAACCAAUUUCGUUCAAGUAUCUGUUUAUAUCUACCUGUACUUUAUUUAAACCACUUAAAUUGUUUAAUUAUGAUUUUCUCAAUGUGUUUUCCUAAUCACUUGGAUAUAAAUAAUUUUUUUUCAAAACGGCUGAAAAUUGAUCUCAACUCUACUGUAAUAAUCAAACCGUGAGUUACUACUUCAAGCAUGAAUAAAACCGAUAAUUCGCCUAAAAAAAAAUCUAGCUUGUUAAGUAUACUGCACUUGCGAAAAAAAAAGUCUUCAAUGCCCAAUAUUGAUACAAUGAAGACAUCAUAUCAAUUAGAUGGUCCUUACCGUAACAUUUCUAAUCCACUAAAUAGAAGCACAAAUGUUUCUUUAUGCUGUGCCAUUACUGAAACAACAAAGACUCAGUCUGAUUUUCAGAAUGUACAAAACUUAAAUGAACCAGAUGUAUGUUCUUGUGCAGAAUCAAAUACUUCUCACAAACGGUCAUUGAGUCUAGGCUUACACUCGUCUACCAAUGGUGAAGAUGAAGAAUAUAAAAAUUCAGAAUUAAAUGAACCAUUUACUCCUUUAGAUAAAUGUGAUAAGCUACGUAAAAUCUUUAGUAAUGCACAACAUGUUUCUGCUGAUAGUAUUAUUGUUCCUAAAACUACAGGUAUAAAUACAUCAGAUUUAAAGGUGAUUCGACCAUCAUCUACUACUACGUUAACAGCAUCUGAAUAUUUAAAAAAAAGUGAAGCUAAAAAUAACUCAAUGGAUAGUUUAGCCAGACAAGCUUUAUUUGCAGUACAAGUAUUACAUCUUAUUCCUACAUCUGAUGUUAAAGAAAGAAACUAUUUACAUGGAAGAAUUGCUGGAAAUUCUUUAUUAGGAGCAAUGGAAUUAGAACGAGUGUUACAUAAUCGAGAAGUUCGUAUAUAUGUCGGCACAUGGAACAUGAAUGGCCAAGCACCACCACCUGAACUAAAUGAAUUACUACUGCCUGAUACAGUUCCUCAUCUUCCAGAUAUUCUUGCUAUUGGUACUCAAGAAAGUUAUCCUGAUAAAUUUGAAUGGGAAGUUAAUAUUCAAGAAACUAUUGGUCCAUCACAUAUUCUUUUUCAUUCUGCAUCCUUGGGCACAUUACAUUUAGCUAUUUAUAUUCGAAGAGAUUUAAUUUGGUUUUGCUCUGUAGCUGAAGAAUCAAGUUUUAGCACCAGACCAGGAACAGCAUUUCGAACAAAAGGUGCUGUUGCAAUUUCUUUUUCUCUAUUUGGUUCAUCAAUUUUAUUUAUAACAUCACAUCUAACAGCACACGUUGAAAAAGUUAAAGAACGUUUACAAGAUGUACGUAGGAUUGUUAAAUCUUUAGACCUUCCUAAAAUUUUACCUGUUAAACAUAAAACAAAAGAUGUUACCAAUAAUUUUGAUUAUGUAUUUUGGUGUGGAGAUCUAAACUUUAGAUUAGCUCAUUCACGACCCGAAGUUAUGAAAUGGGUAUCACAGCAUCAAUUUCCUUUGGUUUCUCCUGCGCACCAAACACUUUCAGAUCAACUAAAUGACUGUAUUUUAAGUGGUUUAGUAUUUCGUGGAUUUCAAGAAGGCCCUUUAACUUUUGCACCAUCUUAUAAGUAUGAUCCAGGAACUGAAUUGUUUGAUACAUCUGCUAAACAAAGAACACCAUCAUAUACAGAUAGAAUUCUUUUCAAAUGUGGAAAACAACAAGUUCUACCAAGUCCUACAGGAUCUUCAUGUACUACAUCCAGUAUUGAAUGUUUAACAUACUGUUCAGUACCAUCAGUUUGUACUUCUGAUCACAAACCAGUCUGGGGUCUUUAUAAAUGUUCAAUUCGCCCGGGUAUUGAUACUAUGCCUUUAGCUGCUGGACAAUUUAAUCGUGAUGUAUACUUGGAAGCAAUCAAAAGACGUGCAGCAAGUUUUGACAAACGUGUUGGAACCUCUGCUGUUUGUAAUGUACAAUAACCAAACAUUUGAUAAGUCUUAUGAUAACUAAAAAGUGAUAAAGUAUUUUUAAAAGGGUACUAUAAUGUAUUUAUUUUUUAAUAAAUAUUAAGUAAAGGGGGAUCAAAUAUUUAAUCGUUGAUAUUAAUCAAAAAUAAAUAACUAUAAAUAAGUCAAACAACAUAAAAAUUACGCACUAAAAGACUGCCUUUAAAUGAUCAGCUAUAUUAAAUUUGCUUGUCUAUGUUGCUUUUCAUAAUCAUAUUGUCUUAUAUUAUUUUAUUUUUUGAAUUUUUAUAGAUGUUUUAAACUAAAGUAAUUUUGUCUAGUCUAUUUAAGUUUUAAUUUCUUGUGCAAUUUAUAUAAUU